AUGCGUGAAUGUUCUUCUUCCCCAUCUUGGCCUUCUACCCAACAAAAUACUUCUUCAUAUUCUUCAUCAUUUUCUUCAUCUCCCUCAAUUAAUUCUUCAAAUUUAAUUUAUUUUCCUCUAAACAAUUGCCAAUCAACUUCUUCAAUUAAAAAUUCCAACAAUUUUUAUUUAAAUUCAAAACAACAAAAAUUAAAUAAAAAUGGAAAAGAAAAUCAAAAAAAUAAAAUUACUAUAUCAAAAAGAAAAAGAAAUAAUCCAAAUUUAAUUAUUGGAAUUAAAUUUGGAGGUAAAAAGCCCCAUCAAGUAGCUAGAAGAAAUGAAAGGGAACGUAAAAGAGUUCAGCAAGUAAAUGAUGGAUAUGAAAAAUUGGCAAACACUUUAAAUAAUUUCGAGCCAAUUUGCAAUGAAAGAAAAUUAACAAAAGCAGAAACAUUAAAAACAGCAAUUUUAUAUAUUAAACACCUCGAAGAUUUAUUAAAACAACAACCUUUGGAAAAACAAAAUAAAAUUAAAAAUGAAAAUAAUUUUGAAUAUUCAACUAAUUUUUGUCAGAAUUUAAAUUUUUCUGAAGAAAAUCAAAAACAAUUUUUAACCAAAAAUUCAAAUACUCCAAACUUUAUUUAUUCACCAUCACCACCACCAACAAUUAAUACAAAUUAUAAUGUAAAUAAUAAUAAUAUUUAUUUAAAUAAUAAUAAUUCAUUUCAAAAUUGUUCAUUUCCUUAUAUCAAACAAAAAUAA